AUGACUUUGUAUCACUGUGGUACACGUUCGGUGGAGGAACCAGACUGGAUGUUAACUGUAAGUCAAAUAUAAAGUCUUUUUCUUUGUUUCUGAAGCUUCUUUACUUUUCAUUUAAAUCUGUAGGACAAAAGUCACUUUGCUUUUUUAUUUUAAACUGAUUUUUUUAAGAGAAAACAUAAAAAUGUCACUUUGGAUUGAAGAGGUACUGAAGAAAAAGUCAUUUCAGAUUUUGAAGUGGGGCUCAUCUUUUCCUACAAAUUUACUAUUUAAUCUUCAGACUUGAGUGAAGAAAGUUGGAUCCUGAGGGCUGGUAGGUUUAGUUCAGUCAGAGUCAGAGAGCCGUGUCUCUCUACAGUCAGAGGUUUUUGUACGGGGCCUCAAUGACUUUGUAUCACUGUGGUGGACUUUUGGUGGAGGAACCAGACUGGAUGUUGACUGUAAGUCCACUUUUGAUCCUUUUUAUGAUAUUAGUCACUUAUUUUUCCUUCGUAGACGUUACUGAUGGAAACUAAUGUGAUCAUUUUCUUUUGCGAUGCAUGUUUUUAGAAAGAGUGUAAAAAAAGUGGAGCUGAUAGGAUUGAGGUUUUAGAAGAAGACAGAAUCUCUUCAGACUGAUUGAAUAAAUCCGAGCAGAAUGAUCCUUUUCAGAUCAGGAUGGUUUUUAACUCUCAUGGAGGAGCUGAUCGAUCGAGUUCAGUCCGAGUCAGAGAGCCGAGUCUCUCUACAGUCAGACUUUUGGAGGAGCUCAACUUGAAGUCUUGUGCUCUUUUUCACACCAUCAAAUCUUCAUCUUACACUUUGUUGGUCGCAGCAAAGAGUUUCCCGCUUCAGGUUUUAUCUUUAGGAGUGAAACCUGUCUGUUGCUACGGUUGGGCGGUGAUAGCUGUCCGUUGCCGUGGUUACUGAGAUGAGAGAGGGAAGUGAAAGACAGCAGUUUGAGGCCAUGUGAGGACGAGCGUCAGAGCAGAGUUUUGUUUUCCUGACUGAGUGAACUUUCUUCAUGUGGUCUCUCUGUAAGCUCUCUCAGUGGGUCGAGUGGUCCCCACCCUGACGGUGCUGCCCCCCUCCGAAGAGGAGCUGCGACAGCAGGGCAAGGCCACGCUCAUGUGCCUGGCCAACAAGGGCUACCCCUCAGACUGGACUCUGACCUGGAAGGUGGACGGCAGAAGCAGCAGCAGCGGGGAGGAGAGCAGGAGCCCCGGGGGGCUGCAGAAGGACGGCCACUACAGCUGGAGCAGCACCCUGAGGCUCUCUGCAGACCAGUGGAACAAGGUGGUCUCUGUGACCUGUGAGGCCACCCAGGGCUCCCAGACUCCGCUCUUACAGACCCUGAGGAGAGACCAGUGUUCCCAGUCCUGA